UAACGAAACCCUAAUCUCACAUCCUCAAAAUCCCUAGCCUCUUCCUCCAUUUUUCUUCCUUCUUCACAGGUAAGCAAGAGAGAACAAAAAAUGGUGUCCGGUUCAGGAAUCUCCGCAAGGAGGAUAGUGGUUGAUGCUCGUCACCACAUGCUUGGUAGGCUUUCAUCGAUUUUGGCUAAGGAAUUGCUUAAUGGACAGAGAGUUGUUGUCGUUAGGUGUGAAGAGAUUUGUCUUUCUGGUGGACUUGUUCGUCAGAAAAUGAAGUAUCUUAGGUUCCUUCGUAAGAGGAUGAAUACUAAGCCUUCUCAUGGACCUAUUCACUUCCGUGCUCCUUCUAAGAUCCUCUGGAGGACUAUCCGUGGGAUGAUUCCCCACAAAACUAAGCGUGGAGCAGCUGCUCUUGCCCGCUUGAAGGUUUAUGAGGGUGUUCCACCUCCAUAUGACAAAAUCAAAAGGAUGGUCAUCCCUGAUGCUCUCAAGGUAUUGAGACUCCAAGCAGGACAUAAAUACUGUCUCUUGGGUAAGCUUUCAUCAGAGGUUGGAUGGAACCAUUAUGACACUAUCAAGGAGCUUGAGAACAAGAGAAAGGAGAGAGCCCAGGUAGCAUACGAGAGGAGAAAGCAGUUGGCCAAACUCAGGGUUAAGGCCGAGAAGGCUGCUGAGGAGAAGCUUGGUCCUCAACUUGCUGUUAUUGAACCUUACAAGUAUUAGAGUGUAAAACGUAGUUUAUCUAAGGUGAAAUUUUGCUGAAGAUUGAGAUUUCGACUUAAUAUGUCUUUUAAAGAUGCUACCUGUACUGCAUGGUUCAGUUUUUGCUUCUAGUAAUAUUUGAGCAGACUACAUUGUUUAACUAUCUUUUCGAAGUUAUUUAUUUUAUGGUUUUAUUGA